CAAUUCCACCUGUCGUUACUUAAACCCAACCCCGCCCAGCUCUCUCUCUUUCUUCACCUGCAACCAGAGCGCACCUCUCCCAUGGCUCUCACCCCAUGGCCCCACCUCUUCCACUUCCCUCUUCACUCUUCCUCCUCCUCCUCUCACCUCUUCUUCUACUCCCACUCCCCGUCUUCUCCGCCGCCGAUUGCGCUCCGAAUCACCUACGUGUUCUCUCCGGCGAAGCUCUCGUCGUCCAGAGCCAGGUGCCUCAAGUCGGCGACCGGGCAGGACAGCUUCUGCGAGCCGGAAACCGUCUCGGACGACGAAGCUGGAGAUCGCCGUGGCGUGAAGACCGCGGCCACGCCGAACGGCGGAUCGGUGAGCGUUACGACGUCGUUUGGCGGUGACACUCUGUCGCUUGGAAUUCGCGAGCCGGUUUACGAGGUGGAAGAAGUGAAAGCUAAUGGGACGAUAUCGAUAAGGAAAAUCAACAGACGUCAGCUGCUGAAGUCAAGUGGUCUUCGUCCACGUGAUAUUCGGAGUGUUGAUCCUUCAUUGUUUCUGACAAAUUCGAUGCCUUCUUUGCUGGUCCGUGAGCAUGCUAUUCUGUUGAAUUUGGGCACAUUACGUGCAAUUGCAAUGCAAGAGCGUGUCCUUAUAUUUGACUAUAACCGCAAAGGAGGAAAAGCUUUCAUCAAAGCACUACUGCCUCGACUCAACCCCAAAAAUACUAACGGAGGACCAUCUAUGCCAUUUGAACUUGAGGUUGUUGAAGCAGCAUUGCUCUCAAGAAUACAGCGCUUGGAACGAAGAUUAAUGGAUUUAGAACCUCGUGUUCAAAAUAUUCUAGCUGUUUUACCCAACAAGUUGACUGCUGACAUACUGGAGCAACUUCGUAUAAGCAAGCAAACCUUGGUUGAAUUGGGUUCAAGGGCAGGUGCUCUUAGACAAAUGUUGUUUGAUCUGUUGGAGGACCCUGAAGAAAUACGCCGUAUAUGUAUUAUGGGACGAAACCGCACGCUUAAGAGGGGAAAUGAUGAUGUUGAGUGCUCUGCUCCUUCAGAUAAGCAGAUUGCUGAGGAAGAAGAGGAAGAAAUUGAGAUGCUCUUGGAAAAUUAUCUUCAAAGAUGUGAAUCUUGCCAUGGCCAGGCUGAAAGGCUUCUUGAUUCUGCUAAAGAAAUGGAGGAUUCUAUAGCUGUUAACUUGAGUUCUCGGAGGCUUGAGGUUAGCAGAGUGGAAUUGCUCCUUCAGGUUGGGACCUUUUGUCUGGCAAUGGGUGCUCUGGUUACAGGUAUAUUCGGCAUGAACUUGAAGUCCUAUCUUGAGGAACAUGUGUUCGCAUUUUGGCUUACAACAGCUGGGAUAAUUGUUGGUGCUGUUGUGGGAUUUUAUCUGAUGUAUUCAUAUCUCAGGAUGCGAAAAAUUUUGUAACUAGAAAAUGAUUCAAAAACAGGUAAAUUCUGAGGUCAAGUACAUUCAUCUGCCAAUGACAUUGGGAUGGUACCAAGUUCUUUGUGCAGUAUAAUUCGUAAGAACUUGUACUCAAUUUCUAUAACAAGAUUGCAGCACGGUGGCCUGUCAAGUGUCAACACAAGAAAAUUAUUUAGACUUUGGCUAAUAUGCGUACAUACCUAUACGCGAUAAGCAGUCCUCUUCUACUGUCUUCAUAACAAGUCCUUGUGGGUACAGCACUUUGGCCACGAUGAAAGCUCGAGUGUAUUCUUGAUAGCAGCUCAGGAAGUGAACGAAUUUCAUUCUUAAUGUAAUAAUUUUCUCUGUAGUAGAGGCCUUCACUAGGCCAAACAUUAGAGCUUUGGUCCUGGUGCUAGAUAUAGCAAUUUAAGAAACUUGGCCAUUGGAAUGUGGAGACACGGCUACUUUUUUUUUGGGUUCCAUACUAUAAUCCUGUUUGGAAGAGAACCUUCAGUUUGUUUCUUUACUUUUGUUUGCAG